CAGCGUUGGUGUGUGCAAGAGUCAGCCACUCAUGCUCGAGCGUUUCCCGGAACAGCUGAACCGGGCCAAGGUUGUCUAGGACAAGCUCAUGCUAGUGGCCGUCCAUCACCAGGCAUGCCCAGCCAAGAGUCAGGCCUAUUCGAGACUCGGUUGAGCCCGCCCAGUAAUAGAGCAUGUCUUGAGUGUAUAUAUAUCGAGGCACAUUUGCCCCCACGUCCUCGCCAUGACACUCGAGGCUUUGGUUCCUCGACGGUCUUUCCGUGCAGCUGUUCUCUUGAAGUUAUUUCCGCUUAACAUCUGGUAGCCAUGAGAUGAAAGCAUGGCUCGCUCCAACAACCCGCCCGAUGCACUCGAGCUUGAAGUCGACGACAGCUCAGAUGCUGGAGAAGAUGUAGCAUUCCUACAGCCGUCCCACGGCACUCGAUCCCCACCUGCACACGCAAGGUCCCAAAAACGACGAGGCUUUCUUUCAGGGAGCCGGCUCGGCGAUGGCAUCAUCACUACGCCGAAGGGCAUCGCGGCCGUUUUGUGCCUCGCCGUGUUCCUAUGGGUCAUGUCGGGCAUGGUCGCCUUGAUCCCGGCGAUGCAGAUGAUUGAGGAGCUCUUCUGCCAGCGCUUCUACGGCGACGAAAACCCCGAUAUCCACUACGGGGACGACAGCUACGAUGCCCUGUGCAAGGCCGAGGCCGUGCAGUCCGCGAUGGCGUACGUCGGCGGCGUUACGUCUAUGCUCGACAGCAUCAUUGGCGUGCUCCUGGCUUUUCCUUUUGGUGUAUUGGCGGACCGCGCCCGUCGACCAAUCUACAUGCUUGGGGCGCUGGGCCAAUUGCUGAACGUCACCUGGUCACUGGGUAUCUUCUACUUCUCGAACAUUUUCCCCGUGGAGCUGGUCCUCCUAGGGCCUCUAUUUCAGAUUUGUGGUGGCGGGCUGGCGACUGCUGUGGCGGUACUGUUUGCCGUCAUUUCCGACGUGCACAAGCCAGAAGACAGAGCAAACUGGUACUUCUUCUUCUCCCUCUCGGCACAGGCGGCGGUCUUUCUUGGCCCCCCGUUCGCAUCAGCGCUCAUGGGCUCGUUUUCACCCUGGGCUCCCCUUAUGCUGUCGCCCAUCUUCACGACCGCGGCGGGACUGGUCAUGUUGUUGAUUCCCGAGACAGCCCAGCCAAGAAAAUCUGGACAGGUCAAGGCCCCACGGAUAGCUGGAGACAGACACACGAGGAGACAAAACGUCCACUACCAGCAAAGCCAGGAGGAAAUAGACAAUCUCCUCCCCAGCUCUCCUCGCCGAGACACUGACUACGACGGUGCGAAUACGGAAGACGACGAGUCAGACAUAUGGCGCCAGAUCCAGGACAAAGGCUGGCUCGCGACCAUAAAAGCACACUGCCGGCAUCAACUGUCUGAAGCCCAGACAAUAUUUCGCGAGCUCCGCCAGCGCUCCGUCAUCUUGCUGCUGCUAGUCUUCAUGCUCACCGCGCCUCUGGGCAAAGGCUUCGGCCAGACGUUUGUGCAGUACGUGAGCAAGCGGUACCACAAGACCAUCGAGGAAGUCGGCUACCUCUUUGCCCUGCGCGGCGGCCUGACGCUGGUGAUCAUGGGCGGGCUGCUACCGCUGUUGUCGUGGUGGCUUACCUCCUCGUCUUCGUCUUCGUCCUCGUCCUCCGCGUCCACAUCCGCCGCCGCCGCCACGUCCGGCCGCCGUUCCACGAAGCGCCGGGGCCGGGCCCCCCUCUCCCCCUUCGCGCGGGACCUACUCCUAGCGCAGCUCUCCGCGCUGUUCAGCCUGUUGGGCUUCUUCGGCCUGAACACGCCGUCCUACAACAUCCUCGUGGGCUCGCUCGCCGUCGAGUCCCUCGGCUCGGGUCUGCUACCGCUGUGCAGGAGCAUGAUUACCAACUUCACCACCCCGGCGCGCACGUCCAGCUUGUUCACGCUCAUCAGCAUCGUCGAGACCAUCGGCGGUCUGCCGGCAGGGUUGCUCCUCGCUUGGCUGUUCUCGGAGGGGAUGAAGCUCGGCGGCGAUGGUGGCGAUGGCGAUGGCGAUGGUGUUGGCGGUGGCAAUGCCCAGAUCUGGUACGGCCUCCCCUUUAUAUACCUCGGCGCGUGCGCGCUUGCGGGCUUGCUGGCGCUGCUGUUCGUCCGGCCUCCUCCGCCCCCUCAUCCUCCUGUGCAUCCCGCACCUCCGCGCCGGUCGCCUACGUCAGACAGCCACGACAAUCACGACGACGAAGACUGCGAAGCAGGUAUCGUGCCUGCUGCCUAAGGAAAACCCUCGCCGUCAGCUUCCGACGAUGAAGGAUGUUGCAAACAGCAACAAGCAGGGCUGGCGGAAAGAAAAAUACGUGGCAGCAGCCGACUCGACCGCAGGGGGCCGGAGGGGGCCGCAGGGCGCAGUGAGAUGGAGGAAUUAAGUCACGGCGGAUGGAGUGACUUGGGGAUAUAGGUACUGCAAGUAUUCCCCGAGGAGACAAGACAUUGUUGAUUGUGGCCUCCCUCACUCGCUGCUUCUGUUCUGCGGGCAAUAGAACAUGGGCAGCUGCAAGGCAAAGUUCUGUGCUUCAGGGUAGAACUGGACUUCGUCACAUAGAGAUCACGAACCAAACGCAUGAUAUGUGAAACCUGUAUCAACAC